AUGCACCCACCACCCAUCCCUAACUCUAUCCCCCCACCACCACCGAAAGCAGGCCAGAUCCCAGCCGCCGCCGCCUCUUCCGCUUCCACCUCCCGAUACCCACCAGCCCACCCCGCCCUGCAACAACAACAACAACAACAACAACAGCUACCACCCCCACCCCGGCCUCAGCACAACCAAUCCCUCACCCACCCGCCCGGCUACAUGCAAAACCCAGCCAUAAACGAUCCCCGCAGCGCACACACCUACACCUACACCUACACCCACAACUACCCCUACGGCGCCGCCUCCCCCGCCCCGCCAGCAAACACAAGCAACGUCGGCGGCAGCUGGCGCUGGGACGACGCCCCCGGUGGCGCGGGGGGGAGAUAUGUAUAUCAGGACGGCAGGGGGUGGCCGGGGCCGGGGCCGGGGCCGGGGCCGGGGCCAGACGAUGUCGAUGAGGAAGAUGAGCCGCUCAUAAUCCUCCAAUGA